CCCCGCGGCUCGCCACCGCCGUGUCGCGUCGCGUCGCGCUCUCAUAUCCUCCUCCUCUCGCCGCGCCGCGCCAGGGAUGGCAGCGGGGCCCACCCCAUCCACGGCGGCGUCGUUCCGGCCGCCGCUGCCGCCGCCGCCGCCGUGCUUCGACUACAGGGAGGCCAUGCUGGGGCACACGCGGGCGGCCGCGGUGACCGCCGCGGACCCGGCGCUCGCCGCGCUGGUCGAGUCAGGCGCACUGGUGCGCGUUCCCCGGCGGCGGUUCGGGCCCGUCCCGGCGUGGCGGCCGCCGGAGUUCGUGGAGCCAGAGGACGUCUGGAUCCUCGGGACGUCCCACCUCUCCGAGGAGUCCGUCGCCGACGUCGAGCGGGUGCUCCGCGCCGUCCGCCCGGACAACGUCGUCGUCGAGCUCUGCCGGAGCAGAGCUGGAAUCAUGUACGUGACCACCGAUUCUUCUGCCGGCGAGCCGCUCCUCAAAUCCAACAUGUUCUCUCUCGGUGGCUCCAAGUUCUUCGGAGCCGUCAACCGGAGCAUCAAUCUGGGUGGGCAGACUGCACUUGCUCUGCGUCUGCUUCUUGCCGUUUUCUCCUCAAAGAUCUCUUCUGGUGCAAACCGGCCCUUCGGAGAAGAGUUCCGAGCGGCUAGGAAGGUGUCUGAAGAUCUUGGCGCUCAGCUCGUUCUUGGGGAUCGUCCAAUUGAAAUAACUCUUGAACGAGCUUGGAAAUCCCUUAGCUGGGAUGAGAAGACUAAAUUGGUAGUUUCAUUGUUCCGUGGAAUUACCUCUACAACUGACACAAGUCAGGAUGAGAAAGCUGCAGGUAGCCCCUACGAGUUGUAUGAGAAACUGAGCAUCUCAUAUCCCUCACUACUGCAACCUCUGAUACAUGAGCGUGACAUGUUCCUUGCAUGGUCUCUGAAGAGGAGCAAAGCUGUAAACAAGAGCAAAACUGUCGUUGGGAUCAUUGGAAAGGGACAUAUGAAUGGUGUGGUGUAUGCACUGAUUUCUGAUCAAGGAGACUUGAGAUUCCGUGAUCUUGUUGGUAGAGCAUCAUCUGAUACCUGGGCAAGCUCACUCAUCAAAGGGCUGGUUAGGGACACAAUAAUAGGGAUUGUACUUUGGGGGUUGUAUGAACAGCUGCAUGCUGUCUUCUAAGUAUAAAUGCAGCUCUAACACAACAUGGCAUGAUUUUAUCUUGACAAGCUAAUUGCUUGCA